AUGUGGCCUGCUACUCUUACUUGUACCCCUAACCCUUCCUUCUUCCUAUUCCUUCCCUCUAACAACAGACCCACUCCCCGCCGCUUCCUCCACCUCUCCCGCUCUUCUCCUCCCGAUUUCAACGGUUGGGCCCUCCUUGACACACCCGCCCACGCCACAUCGUCCAACAUUCCAACCCCCAAUCCCGCCCUAGUAGCUCUUGGAACUUCCCUCGCUCUCAUGCUUGCCUGUUUCUCCUUAUCUAGAAAAGGUUUCAAUAUUCAAUUCACAAGCCCCUUGCAACAAAUGUGGAGUACAAUUACUAAUCCUCCAGGUGAUCCAGACCAAGCUGUGGAGUUUUACCAAUCCAAUGAGACCACCAUAGAAUCUCUUACGGAAACUGAAGCUACUGAAAAGCCAGCACGAGUCACUAUCCCCAUUUCAGUGGAUUCCACCCAAGAAGAAGCAUUGUCAGUCUUAAAGAAGUUGAAGAUAAUUGAAGAUGAUGUGGACGCUAAUGAAUUGUGUACCAGAAGAGAAUUUGCUCGAUGGCUUGUUAAAUUAAAUUCGUCUCUGGAAAGGUUAGUUCCUGUGCAUCGUGCACGUAACUUCAUUUUCAGGAAUUGA